GCGGCGCCCCCAGUCUCCUUCAGGCAGCAGGUGGAAGUGUUUCAGGGUGGAGCAGCAGACGGAGCGGAGCGGACAGAGCAGUGACGAUGGACUCGGACUCCGCCCCUUUCCCAGAUGGCCACGCCCAGGAAAUGACGAAGAUGACAGAACCAGGAGUGAAGGCAGAAGCUGUGAAGGAGUCUUCAGAGGAAACUUCCAAGGCCUCCCCAGCAGCAGGGGGCAGCAGAGCAGCCAGGAUGAUCCAGGCCAAGAGCACAGAGUCUGUAGACGGGAUCAGCAGUCCAGGAUCUCCUGCCAGUCGCUCCUCCACUCCAAACCGAGACAUUAAAAAGGUGGCGGUGGUCAGGACGCCUCCUCGCUCUCCGGGCUCCCAGCGGGGCCGGCCCCCCCCCCCUCCCCUCCCACCCAUGCCCGACCUGAGCAACGUCAAGUCCAAGGUGGGAUCCACGGAGAACCUGAGACACACACCUGGAGGGGGCAAGGUGCAGAUCCAGGACAAGAAAAUGGAUCUGAAAAACGUCCAAUCAAAAUGCGGAUCCAUGGCCAACAUCAAACACACACCUGGAGGAGGAAACGUUCAGAUUGUUAAUAAGAAGUUGGAUCUGAGCAGUGUGACAUCAAAAUGCGGUUCUAAGGAGAACAUCCACCACAAACCAGGUGGAGGGAAGGUGGAGAUCAAAUCAGAGAAGGUGGAGUUCAAAGACACUCAGGCCAAAGUGGGUUCUCUGGAGAACGUGAGCCAUACGGCCGGGGGAGGGAAGAAGAAGGUGAUCAAUAACCCUGAUCAGCGCUUCCUGCCCUCCCAGGUCGAGAGUCACAAGCUGAACUUCAAGGAAGCGGCUCGAGCUCGAACCGACCACGGCGCCGACAUCGUCGUCCGCUCUGGCUCCGCCCACUCCGGCUCCGCCCACUCCUCCCCCCAGCAUGUCAGCAACGCCUCCUCCUGUGCCAGCCUCAAUGCAGGUGAAGCUCCGCCCCUCGACGCGCUGAGCGACCAGGUCUCCUCCUCCCUCACCGAACAAGGCCUGUGAUUGGAUCAGACCCCCAGUGGUUACCAUGGAAACUGACAGAAGAGAAAAAAGCAGUGAAGAAAAAACACAUCGUCCUUCCUUCUUUUCCUUUA